AUGUAUGUACCCAAGGUCAUAGAAGCAGGAGCCUGGAGCAUUCGUCGUCAACGAGGGGCUCUACCACAAGAGCUGACAGACCGAAUUAGAGCUGAGCCGGUUCCUAUAGAAGACAUGGGAGAGGAUUUGGUUAUGUGGACGCACAAGGAGGACACAUAUUCUGAUAGUUUUUCCUCGUCUCUCAUGUGGAAUCAGAUCAGAAAGACGCGAGACAAGCGAUCAAAAAUCGAUUAUCAAUGGGGACAGAAUGCGAGCGUUGGGGGUAUGAGCAACCGUGCUUAUUCUGUGGUGAUAGAGACGAGACCCGCGAUCAUGCCUGCCCUUCACUUAUACAGUCUGGUUGGAUCUAUUAAGACACUUGGUUGGCACAGCAAUCUCAACUCAAGUAUCUAG